GGAGGAGACUAUAUAAUAGCAUCACCAACAGAUAAAUCGGCAAAAAAGGCUGCUCUUGCCUCUCUUCAUCGAUACAUUGAAGUUAUAGCAGCAAUCAAUCUCUCCAAGAAGGAAAAUUUCAUGGCGGCUAAUGAAAUAGAAGGAAUCAAGUGGGUUUAGGCCUAGCAGUGACAGACAUCGAGUCGACGCUUGUCAACCGCUUUUGUUUUGCUCAUACUAGAAUUAUAAAGCAACGACCAUCCUGUUUGUCUCAGCCUUCAUUUGAGCACAAGGCUGCUUCUCUUCACUAGAUUGCCAAUCUAGUCACUGCUUAUUAAGGAGGAUCAUCAAUUUGAGGAAGAUUUUGCCGCUUCCUGAUCUCAGCUCCAACAAAGUGAGUACUUGGACUUUUAGUUGAGUUGAUUUAAUCUCUUAAAAUCAUGGACGAGUUCAACUCUUUCCACCGAACUCAAUUCAACAAGCUCACCAUUGCUUCGCCCAGCUUCUAAUAGUCAAGUAAAAGAUCAACUAAAGGCACGAGCACUUGAUUUCUGAAUUGGCUGUUCGAAAGAUGAAUUGUUUCCUAUUCGGAUCGAAGGGGCCACCGGUGAAGCGGAGAGAUGGUUUGAGGAUACAACAGGCUGGACGAAUUUCAUAUAGAGGUAGUUAGGGAGGUAAUUUUGGUGAUUCCAUUCCUCUAAGUAAUAACUUUUUUUGUCCAUCAAGAACACUGCGGUUUCCGUGAAAAUCACUACUGCAUGGGGAACAUCGCUUUAAGAGAAUUCCUCAAGAGUCUAUGCGAUAGUUCUUUCUGGAUAUAUGCAAUCUUCUGGAAGCUUCAACAGGAAAAUGAGAUGUUCCUAUCAUGGGAAGAUUGGCACUACGAUUAUUCAAAAGUGAGAACAUUGACGGGAAAUUCUCCUGCUGAACUGUCCACCAGUGAUGCGAAUCAAUCUCUAUCCUUUGAUGAUGAUGGUAGCAUUAUAGACAGGACUGCAAAUCAGAUCACCUUUGCUGUGGCGAAAACAUCAGGUCUUAAGUACAAACUGGGAGAAGGGGUUAUUGGUGAAGUGAUCUUGACACAGAGCCAUUGCUGGGUAUCAUUGGAUGAUGUGUUGGCCAGUAACUGCAAAUCAGAGACACCUUUCAAUAUUCCAGAUGAAUGGUUGCCCCAGAUUUCAGCUGGUGUCAAGACUAUUCUAGUACUACCUCUUCUUCCACAUGGAGUUUUGCAGCUUGGUUCACGUGAAAAGGUUCCGGAAAUUAAGGAGGCAGUGAAUCACAUCAAAGCGAUGUUUAGUUUGAUUGGAUAUGAACAGGAACGAUGUGCACCUUGGACUCCAAACAAGAAUCCGACUCACUCAUUGUCUUCGCCAAUGCCUUUUUUCUUGGAUAACAUGGAUGGUUCCUUGCUUAUGGAUAGUAUCUAUUUAAGUGGUAUGCAGUCUGAAGGCCCAGAGAAUGGUGCCGAAGCAAAUCAAGACAGUGUGACUAAUUGUCAAGUCAUAGGUCAGCUAGAAAAUCUCCAACAAUCUGAUGAUAGUGAGACUCUUGUUCUGCCAAAGGGAAUUCCUGAAAUAUCUAACUUACCGAGUCAACCUCUUAAUGCAAACCACACGGACAUAGUGGAUGAUAACAAUUUGUGGUUUUCUAGUAUGGGUGAGGACUCAGUAGUCUUUAAAUCUCACAACCUAGGAAUGUCCGCAGAAUUUUCUCAUGAAUUAUCGAAUUCUUGCACCAUCGAUGAUACUUCCGAAUGGCCACUCAAAAGCAGGGAUAUUGAGCAUGCAGAUCAUAAGCCCACGAACAAUAUGUUAAACUUUCCCACAGAUUGUGAGCUGCACAAAGCACUCGGAUCAUCUUUCCAGGGAUGGGCGAGUGAGACAUCCGUCUUAUUUGAAAAUGCAUUCAGCGACUUCAGGUUGAGUCAUGAAAUGGAUUACUCUUAUGAUGUUGAGAGAUCAGCCGAGUACCUCUCCAGAGAUGAUACUGAGUUUCUGUUGGAAGGUGUCAUCCCAAAUAGAAAUGGCAGCUCACAUUCUCCUUCACCUAGCGAGUCAAAUGAUACCAAAUUAACAGUCUUGUCAAGGCGAUCUGAUACUUCCUCUAAGGCACUUAAUAUUCUCGAAGGAACAACUUCAGGCGAGAAUGUCUUUGCUGUGGUUACUCAUUGUAAAGACAGGGUUAGUGUUCCGUCUUCUCCAGUUUCCAUGAACAGGGUAAGAUCAUUAAUUAAAAAGGAGCGCUGGGAUGAAGAUCAUGCUCCAGCACUGGCCAGGAAGGGAGAGAAGCAAUUAUCUGGCUCCAAAAGGAGGAGCAGAACAGGUGACAACAAAAAGCCUAGACCAAGAGAUAGACAGUUGAUCCAGGAGCGACUCCGAGAACUUCGCAUACUUGUCCCCAGCAGCAUGAAGUGUAGCAUAGACAGCCUCCUAGAACGGACAAUAAAGCACAUGCUCUUCCUGAGAAGGGUGACUCAUCAGGCCGAGAAGCUGACAAAAUUGGAAACCUUUGAGCAAAAGGUCGAUCUACAAGACAACAAGAAUAAGUGGGAAUAUAUACCUUUUAGUGGCGGUUUCCAUGGAAGAACUAACUUGACUGUUGAAAGUGGAUGCGAGUUCCAAGCCUGCCCUGCACCUAUAGCUGUUGAAGAUCUUAAUCAACCAGGGCACAUGCUCAUAAAGGUGAUAUGCAAUGAACAAGGGCUAUUCUUAGAGAUUGCUCAGGUGAUCACACGUCUAGAGUUAACCAUUCUUAAAGGACUACUUGAGAAUUACUCCAAAGAUACCUGGGCCUGUUUUAUUGUUGAGGCUUCCAAGGACUUUCAAAAGAUGGAUAUCUUCUGGCCACUCAUGCAACUUCUGCACUGCACAAGAGCUAAAGUUUCAAGCAAGAAAUGAUGCACUGCCGAAAUGGACGAUAACAUACGGGACUUUUCUACUCAUUGUCUGUAACCAGAGGGUCAUAACAUUCUCAAUGUGAAUGUAUGUCACUUAAAUGGAUGAAAUUGUUGAGAGACAAAAACUGAACUGAAUGUUUUGUUAGGUCAAUGUAACCCCAAGCUAUUUAUUUAUAACAAAGCCAAAAUGUCAAAAUUACAAUAUCA